CAAUAAAACACAAACCGCCUGCCAAAGUAGAAUAUUAGCUUACGUUCUUUUUGGGUUUCCUGUGGGUGAUGAUGUGAUGGCAUACCUGGAUUCUUUGCUCUGAGUUGGAAAUCGAAACGGCGAAUAAUAAGCCUCCUUCUAUAGUUUGGUUGGCAAGCUAGCUAAGGGCUGCUACACACAACUAUCUCGAGAAGAGAUGUCAAGUAAGAAGAAAUUGCAGUUUUAUCUAGACAGAAUGGAGAGGGAGCUGGACAGGGCUAUGGACUUCUGGAUCACCCAUUCGCCUGAUAUGUCAUUCGGCGGUUUUUUCAAUUGCGUCGGGCGUGACGGCAAAGUGUAUGAUACGGACAAGUACGGAUGGCUUCAGGCAAGGCAAGUGUGGAUGUACUGCAAACUUUACAACGAGACGGAGAAAUAUCACAAAGAUAACGUGCUACAAGACGCUAUUUCAGGUGGCGAAUUCAUUAUGAAGCACCUCAAGCGCUCGGAGGAUGGCCGCUGUUAUUUCCAAGUUACGAGAGAAGGCAAGCCUUUCAAGAUCCAAAGGAAGUUGUUCACAGAAUGUUUUUACGCAAUGGCUAUGGCGGAGCUGGGCAGGGCAACAGGGAAUUUGAAAUACACUGUUGAAGGCGAGUCUAUGUUAUCCAGACUAAUUCACUGGGCACGCGUUGAUGACUCAGAUCUAGGCCUGACCAAGCUUGCGGGCGAUAAGCCAGUCAACUCUAUGGCUGUACCUAUGAUGAUGCUCUGCGUCAUUGAUAACGUGUGUGCUGGUAACCAGGCCCUGCGGUCAGAUUACGCCGUGCACGAGGACUGGGCUACUCAACAGAUACUACAGCAUGUUCAGAGGGAUGGAAAAGCGAUUCUCGAGAAUGUUUCGCCAGAUGGGACCCAGCUACCUGGGUACCAAGGCCGCCUGAUGAACCCGGGCCAUGCGAUCGAGGCUGGCUGGUUCUUGCUUCAGAGGGCAAUUAAAACUGCGGACAAGACCCUCUCUAAAACGGCCAUUCAAAGAUUCAUUGUGGACCCGUUCGAUCAGGGCUGGGACAAGGAUUUUGGCGGGAUCUUUUAUUUCCUCGACGUCGAUGGUCUGUCGCCCGUACCUCUAGAGUGGAAUAUGAAGUUAUGGUGGGUUCAUUCCGAAGCUUUGAUCGCGCUCUUGAUGGCGUACCAAGAGACUGGAAAGGCCAGCUUACUGGAUAUGUUUGAUCAGGUGUUCGAAUAUAGCUUCGGCAAGUUUUCAGAUCCAGAGUUUGGUGAGUGGUGGGGGUAUCUAGACAGACAAGGAGAUCCGACACAUUCAUUCAAAGGAGGUCCAUACAAAGGAUGUUUCCAUCUGCCACGUUGCCUUCACAUGUGCAUAAAGAUGUUAAAAAGUCUGUUAAAAAAUAAUGGUCCAAGACAGUCACCAGUGAUAAAAAUAAAAGUUAUAUGACACUGA